AUGUUUUCGUCGGCAGGCGAAGUACGCAAGGUCUGGAUCGACUACGACCGCACGGAUCGGUCCCUUGGCACCGGCGGAGUGAUAUUCAAUGAUUACGAAGACGCCCGGGCGGCCGUGGAUAGAUUUUCGGGUCUGGAGUUGGAUGGCAGCGUUAUCACGUUGACUUUAGAAAUCCAUCCGGACGAACCCGGAGUCCAGGUCGAGCACGUAGCCCCGGUCGGAGGUCCGGGUCCCCGUUCAGUAAACCUAGAUAUGUGGUUCCACGCAGAAGUCAAAGUCCCUUCAUAA